AUGGCGACGACCAACGACAAUGUCCGUGGGACAGGCGACCCUUCGGACCUCGAGGCCCCCAUCACCUGGAAAGGCUAUCUUGUCUGUGUCUCGGCUGCAUUUGGAGGUGUCUUCUUUGGAUACGAUAUCGGCUGGAUGUCGGGCGUGCUGGGAAUGCCGUAUGUCAUUCAGCAGUACACUGGCUUGGAGUACGACUUCAACGCUGGAGCUCCGGUCGAUUCCUCGCGCCCGUUUGCCAUUCCGUCGUCCGACAAGUCCCUCAUGACCUCGAUUCUGUCGCUCGGAACCUUUCUGGGCGCCAUCGUUGCUGGUGACCUGGCCGAUCUCUGGGGACGCCGGAUUACUAUCCUCAUGGGCUGCGCGAUAUUUAGCUGUGGGGUUGUCCUUCAAACUGCGAGCAGCGGCCAGUUGGCUGUGAUGACCAUCGGACGUUUCGUGGCCGGCCUUGGUGUAGGCUUUGAGUCUGCCGUCAUCAUCCUCUACAUGUCCGAGGUUUCGCCCAAGAAGAUCCGAGGGGCUGUCGUGUCUGCUUACCAGUUUGCUAUCACCAUCGGCUUGUUACUCGCCAACUGCGUCGUCUACGGAACCCAGGACCGAAAUGACACCAUUUCCUAUCGUGUUCCAAUUGCGAUUCAGUUUAUCUGGGCUAUUAUACUUGCGGUCGCCCUGUUUGUUCUCCCCGAGUCCCCUCGUUAUUUCGUCAAGAAAGGAAAGCUCGACAGGGCAACGGACUCGCUCUGCUACAUCCGCGGACAGCCGGCCGACUCCCACUACAUCCGGAAUGAACUGGCGGAAAUUGUCGCAAACCAUGAAUACGAGUCGCUCGUCACCCCCGAGACUGGAUAUAUCAGUUCGUGGCUUGUGUGCUUCAAAGGCUCCAUCAGUAAGCCCAGCUCGAAUCUCAGAAGGACCAUUGUUGGGGCGGGCAUUCAAGGCAUGCAGCAGCUCAGCGGCAUGAACUUUAUCUUCUACUACGGAACGACCUUCUUUCAGCAGCUGGGCACCAUCUCGGAUCCAUUCCUCAUCUCCCUCAUCACCACCCUCGUCAAUGUGGUCUCCACUCCACUUGCCUUCUGGACCAUCGAGCGCUUUGGGCGCCGGCCGUUGCUCGUUUAUGGCGGGCUUGGGAUGUUCCUGAUGCAAUACAUCAUCGCAGCCGUCGGAACAGCUCAGCCCAACAACGAAACAGCCGUCAAGGGCAUGAUUGCAGUUAUUUGUUUUCAAAUUUUCUUCUUCGCCACCACCUGGGGUCCGACGGCGUGGGUUGUUGUGGGCGAAACCUUUUCUCUCCCGAUCCGGUCUCGCGGUGUGGCCAUCUCCACGGCAUCCUGUUGGUUCUGGAACUGCAUCCUCGCGGUCAUAGCUCCGUAUAUGACCGGUGAUGAGAAGGGAGCAGUCAACCUGGGGCCCAAGGUGUUUUUCUUCUGGGGCUCGCUGUGUCUUUUGGGUGCGUUGUUCGCGUAUUUCCUGGUUCCAGAGAUGAAGGGUCUCUCGCUUGAGCAGGUGGAUCGCAUGUUGGAGGAGGUUAGUCCACGCAACAGUGCUAAAUGGGUACCGCGGACAACCUUUGCGCAGGAGAUGGGCCACCUUGACAAGGCCCAGGUGGUCCAUGCUGAAGACACCGCGCAUGAGGGAGCUUAG